AUGAAUUUACUUUUAUUUAUUACUUUGAUAAAAACAUGCUACAACUAGGCUGUGGAUACUUAUCUUAAGAUUGGAUGUAUUGAUGUUGUAAAUGGAGAUUGUGUAAAAUUAUGUAACCUUGGAUUAUUUGAUUGUGAUGAUUAAUAGAAUCUUAUUUGUGAAUAUGGUUACUUUAAUUACUAAAGUACAUGUGUUUAAUGUCCAAAAUAAAAUCUGCAUGAUGAUUCUGUAAUAUAUUGUGGUGAUUGUAUUGAAAAUUCAAAGACAUGGUAAAAUAAUAGAUAAUGCACUUAUGAUUUUAUAAUAGAAGAUGAUGAUAGAACAAAUGGAGCCUAUAUAAAACGAGUUAAUGAUUAUAGUGAAUUAUAUGUGAUAGGUAUUGCUACAACUUAAUUAUUGUGGAAUAAACCAAUUAGUCGUGAUACAACAAGAUAAUUUGAAACAUAGAUUUGUAGUGGAUGUAAUACUAUUUGUACAUCAGCAUCAAAUCCAUUCUGCAAUACUUUCUCAAAUGAAGUAGAUUUAUUAGUAAAAGGAAUCACUUGUUUAGAUGGAUAUUUUUUUUUAAAUGGAGUAUGUGUAGCAUGUGGAAUAAAUUGUAUUUAAUGUAAAGAUAGAUAUUAAUGUAUUGAAUGUUAUUCUGGUUACUUUUUAAAUGAUUUAGUAUGUGAUAAAUGUUAAUCUAAUUGUUUAGAUUGUAUUAAAUCUAUUUAAGAAUCAACUAUUAAAUGCUACUCAUGUUUGAAUCCAUAUAUCAUAUCUAUUGAUAGAUCAGUCUGUGAAAGUUGUGGAGAUUCAUGUCUAAGAUGUGAAUAUGUAAGUUAUGAUUAAUUAACAAAAUAUAAAUAUAUUACAAGAGAUAAUGUGGAUCCUGCACAUGAUGAUAUUAAUAAAUAUGUUAAAAGAUGUAGAUAAUGUGAAGGCAAUAAUUUAAUUGAUUAUAAAGGAUAAGAUUGUGUACAAUGUUAAAUCAAAGAUUGUUUAAAAUGUUAUUAUACAAUAACUAUUUCUGGAGUGACAAGAUCUACUCUUGAUCUAGACUUUAAACCUUUAUAACCAUAAGAAUAAGCUUCUAAAUAAUUAUGUUAUUUAUGUGCAUCUGGAACUUCUUUAAGUCCUGAUAUGUCUUCAUGUUUACCAUAAGCACCAUCAAUACCUGUUUUAGAUUGUCUUUAUUAUGGAAGUAGUAAUAACUAGUGUUAGUAAUGUUAAAAUAAUAAAAUAUUGGAUUUUGAUAAUAAUAUUUGCAAAUCAGAUUUUUGUUUUACUUAAAUCAAAUUCUGUCUCAAUUGUUAUCAAUAUAGAAUAACAUACAUAACAGAAUUUAAAACAUUCUAUCAUUGUACUAAAUGUGAAGAUAAUUAUUAUCCUGAUUUUUUCACAGGAAAAUGUGUAUAAUGUCCUAAUCAUUGUUCUUCUUGUUGGUAAUACUCACAAACUUACAAUUUUACUUUAUAUAAUGAAAUUCCAAAUAUAAUUUAGAAUAGAAAAAUAUAUUAUUUAGAUGGUGCUAUCAAUAUAUAUUGUUCAGAAUGUGAUGAUGGAUUUUAAUUAUAUAAUAAUUAAUGUUUAGGAUGCACUAGUAAUUGUAUGAUACCUACAACUGGAAUUGUUACUUAAAAAUCAUCUUGUCUAUAUAAAUCUAAAUAUGCUUUAUGUUCAUAAUGUUAUGAACCCAUAUAUUAAAAAUCUUUGGUCUCUGAUUUAACAGAAUGUUAAGAAUGUCCAAAUUAUUGUCUAGCUUGUAAUGAACGAUAAUAAUCUUAAUUUCCUAAUAAAUACUUUAAUCCAAGUAGUUAAAUCCUAUAAAAAUAUAGUAGAUCUUGUUAUAAACUAUAGACAUUAAUUGGAAGUUCUGUUGUUAUUCAUUAUAAUUCCUAUUUAAACAUGCCAAUAAGUUGUAAUACAGAUUGGCCUUGUAGACAUUAAUUUGAUAUAGAUGUAACCUUAUUUUGUAGUAUUAAUGACUAUCUCUAAUAAUUAACAAUUUCUCCAUAAAAUUCCAAAUACUAUUAUGAUCUAGCUACAUUUUAUACUACAAAAAGUGAAGAUAUUGCCACAAUUAAGUUUUCUAAUUUAGAAACAUUAGUAUUUUAUGAAUAUUUAAAUACUCUACCACUUGAAAUUCUUAAUUUGAAUCUUAAAAUUAAAGGAGAUACAUAAAAUAAAUGCACUUUCUCAAAAUCUACAACAAUCUUAACUCAAUUUCAUGAAAAUAUCUUUUCUUUAACUGAUUUCAAGUUCACAAUUAUGAGUUAUUCAACAGAUCCUUUAGAUUUAUAUAUUGAUGGAAAAUUUACCUUAUCAAAUUACCCUAAUAUUGUAAUCCAAAAUAUAAGACUAUAUACAUUAUAGUCUUAAUUCAUUUUCAAUUUAGAUUUAUGUUCAAAUUUGUUUCUUAACAAUGUAUUAUUUCAAAAGAGUUCCCCAACUGAUAUUUAAAUUCUACUAUAAAAUUUAGAUAAACUUGACAUGUAAGAUGUCACUUUUGACAAUUUUACUGGAAUUAAUGAUGUAAUUUCUUUUUCUCCAACCAAAUAAAUAAUAAUGAAAAAUGUUGUUUUCAAUUCUUUAAAAUUAAAUAAAAUGUACUUAAUAGAAAUGUAUCCAUAAACUUAUAUUACAAUGAAUAAUAUUAAGAUAAGUAAUUCUAUUUUUUUAGAAUUUUAUUUUAUUGGUGAUUUAGAACCUAAUGAUGAAUUAAUAGGUUAUACAAUUAUAAAUGGUUUAGAGAUAAUUAAUAAUACUUUUAAUAAUUCUUUUAUUUUUAAGACUUCAAAUAGUGAGAAAUUUCAAUUAAAUCAAUUUUAAUUUAAAGAUAAUCUAAUUUAUGAAUCUAAUUUAAUUAUUUCUAAUCAUUUUAUAUUUUCAAAUGCAUUAAUUUAUAAUAAUUCAUUUGGCAUUGGAGCCAGUUUAUUAGGUACUAGUGAUGAAAUAGAUGAGAAAUAAUUAUAUACUUUGGUUUAAUCUAACUUUUCCUAUGUUCAAAUUAUAAAUAAUACUUGUUAUUAAUCUUUAAUAACUAUAAAAUCACCAUUCAAUCAAAAAUAUAAUGUAAUUAAUAUAAAAAUUAAUUCAUUAUUUAUAGAUUAAAUAGAAACAUCAAUUGGUGGUACUCCAUUAAUUUAAAUAAAAGAAGUUGGAUAUGUUUAAAUUAAUAAUUUAAUUAUAAAAAACCUCUUAAAAGUAACAGGAUUAGAAAUUAAAUAAAUACAUUGGGUAUAGAUUAAUUAAUUUUAAUGUGAGUCAGGAGAUUAAAAUACAUAGAUGCCUAUUCAAGAAAAUUGCUUUUCUGAAAAAGAAUAUAAUACUUAUUGUUUACAUAUUGAAGAAUUUGAUAGAGGAGUAUAUCUAUAGAAUGGUAUAAUAAAGAAAUAAUUUAAUGUUGAUUCUUCAUUAAUAUAUAUUAAAUCUUUUCAUUACUUAACUAAAAAUACUGAGAGCAUUCCAGAAUUAGAUAGUUCAAAGUUUUUUUUUGGUUAUCGUAAUGAAUUAAUUCAAUUGGAAAAUAUUAAAUUUUAUAAUAAUACUUUAGCAAUCUUAGAUCCUUAAAUAAAAAUAGCAUCUAUUGUAAUAGAUUCAACACAAAGAUAAAAAGUAAUUUUAAAUAAUUUAAUUUUUAUUGGAAAUCAUCUUCAUCAAAUUCCUCCAUCUGUCAAUGUUGAUUUAGUUACUUGUAUAUUAAUAGAUUCACCUUUGGCUGAUGUUAUUAUAACUAAUUCCAACUUUAUAGAUAAUAGAGCAACAAAGUCUAUUUUAGGUUUAAUAAAAUUUAUAGUUGAUAGUGUUAAAUUAAAUAGUGUAAAAAUGGAAGAUACAAAUGUAAUUUAGGUAUAUUAUGCUGAUAUAUUGGAAUAACAUUAAUUAUUUUCAUAAGAUCCAAAAAUAGAAAAAUAGAAUAUCCAAAAUUAUUUUGAAAUUUAAUCAUUUGGAUCAAAUAUGUAUUUUGAUUGUGAUAACAUAAGUAUUUCAAAUUUAAUAAUUAAUAAUUCAGUUGGAUUGGAUGGAGCAGGGAUGUUUAUAGUUGGAAGUGAGAAUUUAAUUAUUUAGAUGUCUGAUAUUGUAAUGAAAAAUUUAAUUUGUUCUUUAGAAUAUGAUACACUAGGUUGUGGUAUAUACAUUAAUACAUAAGUUUCUACAUUAUUUUUAUUUAUUUAAAAUAUGAUAAUGGAUAAAAUAAUUGCAUAUUAAGGAGCUGGUAUUUAUAUUCUAAGUUCAUAAUUAUAAAUAGAAGUAAUAAUAAAAGAUUCAAUUUUUCAUUAAUGUCAAUCACUUGAUUCUUAAGUGUUUUAUUUCAAGUAAUAGACAUUUACAAAUACAAUACCUUCAAUCUUAUUUGAAAAUUGUACAAUCUAUAAUAAUCAUUAUGCUAAUUAUUUAUUGAAUAUAAUCACACUGAGAUCAUUAAUUGAAUAUGAUGCAAGAGUAGAAGAUCAAAAUCAAUUAAUUUAUAUUGAUUAUGCUACAGUUACAAUAAUUAAUUGUCUAUUUACUAAUAUAUCAUUUACUACAAUUCUGAAAUUACAAAAUAUAAUUUAGUUGAAUAUUCUUAAUACAAAUAUUAAUAAUGUCUCAAUUGGAUUAUCAAAAUUAAUAAAUUUGGAAUUUUAUAGUUAAGUUGGACAUAUAUCUAUCUCUGGAUUAAUUAUAUAAAAUGUUUAUCCAUAUCCUUAAUGGGAUUAAUAAUAUUUGGAAUAUGUAGAAUCACUAUUUAAUAAUUAAGUUGAUACAUCAACAGUUGCUGAAUAAAUAGAAUAAUAAUAAUUAUAUAAAUGCACAUAUCCAAUAAUGAGUAGUUAUGUAGUCAAUCUUGGAACUAUUUCAUAUGACAUUGAUACUAGCAUAAUAUCUAGGAAUCCAGUUGAAUACAGUAAAUUCAAUACUACAUUAUAUACCUAUUAUAUUGAAUAUGAAGAUACUUCAUUAAUGACAUUUAUGUACUCCUAACAUAUUAUUAAUAAUGAUAUAAAUUCAUAUCCAGCAUUACUAUAUUUAUAAGAUGUUGAUUUUAUGAAUGAGAAUUCUUCAAUAAAUUCACAUUCAAUUUUCAUAAAUAAAUUACUCAUAAGCUAUAUUAUCUGUGGUCAUUGUAAUUAUGGCCUAAUUUAUAUUAAUAACAUUAAUACUAAAGCCAAUAAAAGUAUAGUUUUAAAUGAAGUCAAUUGUUUAAAUAAUAUUAUUGAUUAAUAUGGAUGUAUUAAUUUAAAAGGAUAAACUACUACUGAUGUAUUAAACAAAAAUAUAUACACAAUAGUAGUCGAAAAUAGCAAUUUGAUACAUAAUUAAGCUGAUUUUGGAGCUGGAUUAACUGUAAUAAAUGCAUCUCUAAUUCUUAAGAAUUCAACAUUCUAUGAUAAUACAGCAACUAGUAUAGGUGGAGCCAUUUUAUUCUCUUAAUCAAACAAAUAAAUAUAUAUGGAAGAAGUUACAAUAUAAGGAAAUAAAGCAGAUAUUGCAGGGGGAAUCUAUAUGAAUGGAUAGAGUUUACCUAAUUAAAAUGUUAUUAUUUAAGGAAACACAGGUAGAAGUCUAAUAGAAGAGAUACCUUAACAUUUGAGUAUAUCUAUGAUUAAAGGUGUCAUAUUACCAACUUAAGUAUUUGAUACUAAUAUUGAUGUACUCUCAUUAACAUUAAAUUUACCUUCUGGUCAAAGCAUUUCAUCCUACAAACUUUAUUAUCAUCCUACUUAAGAGUAAAUCCCAUAUGAUUGGAUAUUUCGAAUUAUCAAUUUAGAUAAAAAUUACAAUCCAAUUUUAACAGCCUCAUUAACAGAUACAUGUAAUAUUACAGGAAGAAUAUAAGAUUCUUAAAACUUUGAUAAAAAUCUCAAAUUUCUUAGUAAUUUUACAUAACCUUCACUCAUUUCAUUUAAUGAUGAAUCAUUCAAUUUAGAUAAUUUAAUUAUUACAUUUGAUCCUUACUUAUCUGAAUAAUACUAUUUAUAAUUAUAAUUCUAAUGUUCAACAAUCAAAUUACCUAUUGAUCCUUAUCCUUAUUAAUCUUUUAAUACAAAUUAUGCAUUAUACUUAAAUCUAAGAACAUUGCCUUGUUAAUUAGGAGAAGCAUAUACAUCAUAAAAGUGUUAAGUAUGUGGUAAAGGUUAAUAUGCUUUAACAACCAAUUAAGUUAUAUGUACAAAUAUGGAUGUUUCAUCCAUGGAAACAGUGACACCAGUUAGAAUAAAACUUUAUUCUGGAUAUUGGAGAUAUGAUAAUGAUAAAGUAGAGAAUUGUUAUAAUUUGUAAGAGAAUUGCAAUGGUGGAUGGAUUCCAGGAAAUCCUUCCUGUUAUACUGGACAUAUGGGAGCAUUAUGUGAAUCAUGUGAUAUCUAUGGUGUUAGGGGGGAAUAACAUAGUAUAAGCACAAAAUACAAAUGUGGAUAAUGUUCAUAAACUAAGUCUAAUAAUUCCUUAACAAUUGCAGCAAUAUGUAUAUUUACUUUACUUUAGAUGAUAUUAUCAGUUAGAGGUAACUUUUAAAUGAUUGAAAACUUUAUUAAAGAAUAAGUGUUAUAUUCAAUAGGAGUAAGAGUGAAUACAACAUAAGCAAAUUUAUCAAUAUUAAUAAAAAUUGUAGUUAAUUAUUUUUAGAUUAUUAGUGCAUUAGGUACAUUUAGAAUAUCAAUUCCUACUGAUUUAAUUUCAUCUGUAGAUAUUGUAGCUAAUCCUACUCAAUCUAUGGCUUAUUCUUUAGAUUGUUUCCUAAUUGAGAUUGCAAUUACUGAAAUUCUAUAUUUCAGAAUGAUUUGGGCAUUAGUUAUGCCACUAAUAUAUUUAUUAAUCUUCUUUUUAGGAUAUUUCUUAGGAGUCAUAACUACAUUGUUACCUGCCAGAAUGAAUAUUAUUUAUACUACUUUUAUUUACAUGUUUAUAUACUUGCAACCAACAUUAAUAGGAGGUUUUAUUGCUUUAUUGUCAUCUCGAACAUUAGGAGGAGUAGAAUUUGUAUAAUCAGAUGUACAAUAUCUAUAUGAAAGUAGUACUCAUUAUUUUUGGAUGGUAAUAUUUGCUGGUCCAAAUAUCUUUUGUUGGGGAGCUUUAUUUCCAUAUAUCUUUAUGCAUUUGAUCAGGAGGAAUAAUCAAACUUUGAGGACAAUUGAAACUCGUAGGAAAUAUGGAUAUUUUUAUAAUGAAUAUACAUAACAUGCUUAUUUAUGGGAAUUUGUUAAGAUUUUUGAAAAAUAAUUCGUUUUAAUGGCUCUUACAUAUUAUGAAGAUACAGUUAUAAUUAAGGGUCUUAUGGUAUUUUUGAUAGUUUUUAUUUAUGGUAUUCUAUCCUUUGAAUUUUAACCUUAUUAAAGUAAAAGACUUAAUUAUAUUGAUCAAAUGUCAUCAGCUGUAUGUGUGUUAUCACUUUGUUUAGGAGUUUUAAUAAAGGCUUCUCAGAGUGAAAAUAUGGAAUAUUUGUAAUUUAUAAUGUUUUCGAUUAUCGGAAUUCUAAAUAUGUUAUUUUUAUUGAUCCUUCUUUAUGAAGUUUUUCGUGGUUACAUAGAUAAAUUCGAAAGUCAUAUUGAUAAAAUUAGAGACAUAAUCAGUAAGAAGUAUCCACACUUAUAAAAGUAUUAAUGGAUUCGUAAAUUUCUAAUUAAUAGAGGAGAAUUAAAAAAGAGAAUAAAAAUGCUCUGGUCUCAUUUAAGAUAUCAAACUCAUUAAGGAAUAAAGAGAAGAAGAAAAGAUAAGAAUCUACCUCUAUUUGAAAUGAAGUUGAUUAUAUAGGAUUCAGAGAAAGAGAUGGAUCAUUCACGUAUAGAAUCUAGAGUUGAAUCAAAAGCAAAUUCAAGAUUGUCAGUUAUUGAUAUAAAUUAAGAGGAAUUGAUGAAUUUAGCAAAUUUUAGUAGUUUAUAAGCGAAAACACCAGAGAUUUAAAAGAUCUACCCUUUAGAAAGUUAAAAGAGUAUAACCUAAUUGACAAAAAAGAGAAUAUGA